ACCUACUUUACUCUCUCUCCAUCUCUCUCUGAUCUGUACUACUUCUUCCGUUCACUCCCUUCCUCCUCUCGCCCCAAAUUCCCUUCUUCAAUUCUCUUGCUCUCUGCUUCACCUCCUUACCGCCCCUUUCCACUGCUACUCCCAGUUCCAGGCCGAGCAAAACCAUCAUCUCCAUUGCCGUUUUGGUCCACCAGUUCCUCUCAGGUUCUUCAAUUUCUUUAUGGGGGCAUCGCUGAAAGAUAGAGAAAGAUUCGGGUUUGACUUGCUUUUUGGUCUUCUCACCACUGUUGCGUACUUGGGUUCGAUUCAUCUUCUUUUGCUGUUUUAGAUUGGUGAAGGAUACUCUGUCCCGUGAGCUCUUGGGGAGAAGUCGUGUUUGUAUAUGGCAGUUUGCCCUUUCCCUGCAUUGGUUUAUUUGGGUUUGGUUUAGGAUUGAUUUCGCUGUGCUUACCAGUUGGAGGUAAAAAGGUCUGAUUUUGGAAAUCUUUUGAGCUGUAGCAUGUAGACAUUUACCAAGUUUGCUACUUUUGCCAUCUUUAGCUCCCCAAAUGUACACCUUGAAUCUUGCCAUUUCUUCCCUAAAAGAUUUAGACGAUUGGUGGCUGUCUCUCAUUUCCUUACAAGGUAGUCCGCCCAGAUGUUAUAUGCUUAUUUAAGGUUUCCUCACAAGUAGCAUUCCUGCUACAACAAUUGAGGGACUGUUGGUGAGGGUUUAUAUUUCAUAUUGGUGCUGAAGCAAAAUGCAGAAGGUAUGUUUGGUGGUAUUGCUGUUAUUGGUGGUGACUGCGCUCGGGCAAUCUGAUUUCGAUGCCCUCUUGGAGCUCCGGAAGGGUAUUGUUGAGGACUCAUCGGGGAGAGUGCUCGAGUCGUGGGAUUCUACAUCUGUGGCUUCCAAUGGUUGUCCCAAGGAUUGGUAUGGGAUUGUGUGCAAUGAUGGCAGUGUGGCUUCAAUAAAUCUGAAUGGGAUGGGCUUAGGUGGGAAUUUCAGUUUCCCAGUGAUCUCCGGUCUGAAAAUGUUGAGCAACCUGUCCAUUUCCAGCAAUCAUUUCAGUGGUACUAUCUCGGAUGUCGGUUCAUUCCAGUCCCUUCAAUUCUUGGAUCUAUCCAACAACUUGUUUGAGGGUGUUGUACCUUUUGACAUUGUGAAUUUGAAGAGUUUGGUCACGUUGAAUCUUUCUGCCAACAACUUCCAAGGAAUGGUUCCUUCGGGUUUUCGCAAUCUUGAGUCUUUGAAGUACUUGGAUCUGCAUGGUAAUAGCCUCUCUGGGGACGUCAUGAAUCUGUUCUAUGAACUAGGUAGCUUGGUUCAUGUUGAUCUGAGCAACAAUCAGUUUUUGGGUUCAUUGGAUUUGGAACUCGGGAGUCCUAGCUUUGUGUCGUCGGUUCAAUAUCUAAAUAUAAGCUAUAACGCGUUGAACGGUGAAUUGUUUGCUCAUGGAAUACCAUCUUUUGGUAGUCUGGAGGUUUUUGAUGCCACCUACAAUGGGUUGGUUGGUACAAUACCUCCAUUCAAACUUAUUAUCUCUCUUCAAAGGCUUAAGCUUGGAGGAAAUAAGUUCUCAGGAACUGUACCAGGAGGUCUUCUGCAACAAAGUUCGAUGUUACUGUCUGAGCUGGAUCUCAGCAAUAAUAAGCUAGAAGGUACAAUAGGAGGCAUUAGCUCUACUACUCUGAGGAACCUUAACCUGUCUUCAAAUUCCCUCUCAGGUGUCUUGCCUGCUGUUGUUGCACAUUGUUCUAUCAUAGAUCUGAGCAACAACAUGUUUUCAGGGAACGUGUCGAGAAUCCAGAACUGGGGAAACAACGUGGAGAUCAUUCAUCUGAGCUCAAACUCACUAACAGGAACUCUGCCGAAUCAAACCUCUCCUUUCUCGAACCUGACUUCACUCAAGAUAUCAAACAACUCAAUACAUGGUGAACUCCCAUCAGUCCUGGGGACAUACCCGGGACUCAAAGAAAUCGACCUCAGCCUCAAUUCUCUCACUGGGUCCAUCCUCCCUGAUUUGUUGACUUCAACAGUGUUAACUGAUCUCAACCUGUCGACCAACAAUCUGACCGGUCCCAUACAGGUUCAAGGAAGCCACAAUGUCAGCUUGACAUCUCUUGAUCUUUCUCACAACUCAUUAAAUGGUGGUAUACCUCCAGAAAUUGGUCAAUUUCAUAAGUUGCUGUAUCUGAACCUCUCUCAUAAUGGUCUGAAUGGCGACAUCCCAUCAGAAAUUCCAGAUGGAUUAAAAGGGCUCGAUGUAUCUUCCAACAACCUGUCUGGUGUUAUUCCUGACAACUUGAAGCGCUUCCCUGAAUCGUCUUUUCUCCCAGGGAACUCCUUGUUGACAAUUUCCAUCUCUCCAAUGUCACCAAAGGGUGAUUCUCAAGGUGUGACUCUUCCAGUUCACCGAUCACGACUAAGACCGGCUAUUAAAGCUGCAAUUAUUGUGGGGAUUGUAGUUACAUGUGGAAUUUUAUUCAUCUUGUGCAUAGCUUUCCAUUCCAAGACUCAGUUUCAGAAUCUUAGGAUGGGAACUUCAAAAGGUAUUGUCAGAAAUGAACGUGGUGUACAAAGUCGGUCCUCAUUGCUGCCUACUACAUCCAAGCUGCAAUCUACUGCAUAUGACAAUGGUGAACCAUCAUCAACCCUUGAGAAGCCCAGAGACAGUCCUCAACAUUUCAGACAGGAGGAAGGAUUAUCUUCUCCCAUUUCCGUUUGUUCUUCACAGCCAUCCCCUUCUAAAGGCCAUCUUUCUCCUGAGAGUCCCGGUAUGCUAAAGGUGUACUCCCCUGACAAAUUGGCAGGGGAUCUUCAUCUGUUCGAUAGCUCAUUAGCAUUCACUGCGGAGGAACUUUCCCGGGCUCCAGCAGAAGUUAUUGGCAGGAGUUGCCACGGAACUCUAUAUAAAGCAACACUCGAUUCUGGUGCUGUCCUAGCUGUGAAGUGGUUAAAGGAAGGGAUAUCCAAAGGAAGAAAGGAAUUUGGGAGGGAAGUUAAGAAACUCGGGAGCAUCAGGCACCCGAAUUUCGUCCCUCUAGUGGGUUACUAUUGGGGUCCGAAAGAUCACGAGAGGAUGAUUAUAUAUAGCUACUUUGAUGCACAAAGUUUAGGCCUUUAUCUUCAGGCUUCUGAUGCAGAGCAAAGAAAGCUGCCAUUUUUAUCACUACCCGAAAGGCUGAGGGUGGCGAUUAGUAUCAGUCGAUGCCUGAGCUUUAUCCACAACCAGAAAGCAAUGCCUCAUGGCAACCUCAAAUCAACAAACAUUUUACUACAACCUCCACAGUUGGAACCCAUGCUGACCGACUACGGCCUCCACCGGAUAAUGACAUCAGCAGGAACAGCAGAGCAAGUUCUGAAUGCCGGUGCUCUUGGAUACAGACCUCCCGAGUUUGCCAGUUCGAGCAAGCCCUGCCCUUCGCUGAACAGCGAUGUGUAUGCGUUUGGGGUCAUUCUGCUGGAGCUCCUAGUCGGUAAAAGCUCUGCAGAUAUUGUCCCAUGGGAACAUGGAGUAGUUGAUUUGACAGAUUGGGUCCGGGUAUUAGCCGAAGAGAGCCGUGGCAACGAGUGCUUCGAUAAGCAGCUAAUCGACACUCCUAAUAGAGAGGAGUCACUCAGAGUUGCCAACCGAAUGCUAAGCGUCGGACUUAGGUGCGUGGCAUCUGCUGCAGAAAGGCCUGACAUGAAGACAGUUUUUGAAGAUCUGUCAGCCAUAGCUUCAUGAAAAAACACCCAUCUCGAUUCAGAAGUAAUCAUGAUCACUCUGACCCCUUUCCCCCCCUUUCCAUUGUUGCUAACCCCCCAAAUUUAUUGGUUUUCUCCUCCAUCUUUCUUCCUUAGCAUCUUCUUUUGAUUUGCUUUAGAGGCAGGCAUAUGAUUUGUUUGUGAAAUAGCAGUACAGCUGCUUGUUUUGUUUGUUGGUUUGUGAAUAGUGGGUUUUGAUCAUUUCUUCCUUUCUGGGUUCUGGUUUUGUGCUGAUUGAGUAGAUAUCAUUAUUCCUUGGACUACCACUACUACUCCUAGCCACUAAUUGCAGGAUGUUUGGUUUUGUGAAUAGUGGGUUUGUUCAUUACUACCACUAAUUGCAGGAUGUUUGGUUCCUUCAAUCUCAUUUUAGUGAUUUGUUAGUGCCUCU